CUUAGGGUCAUUCUACCCACUGUGGUAGCCUUACAAGCACGUGGAGUUAAUUGUAUCAAUAGAUUUCUCGUUUGCUGGAGACAUAGAGAGAGUAUUGAACACUUAUUCUUCAGAUGCCCCCUAGCCACCAGGUUGUGGUAUUUUGUGGGAUUGAGCAACUUCAUUGAUUCCGCCCCGACUAUUAACUCUAGUCUAUGGUGGCGACAUGUCAUGAUUUCUGAGAUCUCCCCAUUCCACAUUCUCCAAUGCAUCUGUCAACUUUGGAGAAUCUGGAAGUCUAGAAAUGCAGUGACCUUUGAAUUCUACCAACCUCAUGUCCGUUCCUUAGCCAGAAAAUUCUACAACAAGGUCCUAGAAGUUUCCAAUUUGCUCCCCCCUCCUCCUCCCCCCAGAUCUGUCCACCCAAUCUCUCCUCCGCCAACUUGGUCUCCUCCUCCUGCCAACUUUUUGAAGAUCAAUUUCGAUGUAGCAGUUCGCGACUCGGGAUGCUCGUCUGGUCUAGUUGUUCGUGGCUCAGACGGGCAUGUGGUGGUGGCAGUCGGUCUGUGUCACCAAGGAGUAGUCGACCCUUACCUUGCAGAGCUCUUAGCAGUGAGGGACGCCAUCUCUUUUGUUGCUUCAAGAUCCUUGUCUCAAGUGAUUGUGGAAGGUGACUCUGAAGUGGUCGUCAACCAGAUCCGACAAGGUGUACUAGAAAUUUCUGUUGGAGGGCCAGUGCUCCGGGAGUGUCGUCAGAUCUUAGACUCUUUGUCAGCUUAUAUAGAGUUUAGGGCGGUUCUUAGGGCCGCCAACAGUGCUGCCCAUAGAGUGGCGCGUAAAGCACUGCUUUUGUCUUUCCUAGAGUUAGAGUCUUUUGACUUUGUGGGGUGGUUGCAUUAGGGGUUCGUUUGUUAGGGGUUCCUGGGUAGUUUGGUUUGUUUAACUUUUGUCUUCUCUUCAUAUCACUCGGAAAUAAAUAAAAAACUAUUCGUAUG